CCGGGCCGGGCGGCAGACGGGUCCCCGGGGGCGGUAGGGCCGGGAUGCGGCCGUGGGAGCGGUCGCUGCGACAGGAGAAGGGCUUCAUCCUGGACGGCGUGGCGGUGAGCAGCAUGGAGCAGACCUACGCCCAGGCCCUGCCCAAGCUGUGGGCCGCCAUCCCGCCUUACAACGCGCAGCUCGACGCCCACGCCCGCUCCUAUUUCCGAAACCCCACCGUCAAGGCCGUGCUGAGGAAGACCGAGCAGCUCCACGGUGGCACCUGCCGGGAUGGCUGGUUGGUGGAUUAUUUUCACAUCUAUGGACCCGGGCAGAGGUACCUGAACAGGAGAAACUGGGCAGGAGCGGGCCACUCCCUCCAGCAGGUGGUGGGGCAUGACCUGUUCCAGACAGAUCUCAAGCCCUGCCCCAGCUACAACGGGCGCUUCGGUUACCGGCGCAACACCCCUGCCCUCCGCCAGCGCACCUCCGACUUCGGGGAGGUGACCGUAUUCCCCCUCUUCUAACCAGCCCCUUCCUCUCCUCGCGUGGGUAGGCAGAAGAUAAAAUAAACUUUUUCUUCCAGCUCUGUUAAGUA